AUGGCAAUAUAAUAUCCUUUUGAACUUGAUGUUUUUUAAAAGCGUGCAGUUUUACGUUUAGAAGAAGAUGAAAGUGUAUUUGUAUGUGCUCACACGUCAGCAGGUAAAACAGUAAUAGCCGAAUAUGCAAUAGCAUUAGCAUAAAAGAAAAAUCGAAAAGCAAUAUAUACUUCUCCCAUAAAAGCUCUUUCGAAUUAAAAAUAUAGAGAUUUUAAGUCGAAAUUCGGAGAUGAUGUAGGUAUUGUUACGGGAGAUGUUUCUUUAAAUCCAACUGCAAAUUGCCUUAUUGUUACUACAGAAGUAUUAAGAAAUAUGCUUUAUAAAGGACAUGAUAUAAUCAGGGAUAUUUCAUGGGUUAUAUUUGAUGAAGUACAUUAUGUGAAUAACUAAGAAAGAGGUGUUGUUUGGGAAGAGACUAUUAUUAUGCUUCCUGAAAGUAUUGGACUAGUUAUGUUAAGUGCAACUGCUCCUAAUUAUAUGGAUUUUGCAAAUUGGGUAGGAAGAACUAAAAAAAGAACUAUUUAUGUAUAAAAAACAUUAUAUAGGCCAGUACCUUUAUAGCAUUCUAUUUAUAUUUUCGAAUAAUUUCAUGUAAUUAAAGAAAAAGAUGAAAAGUUUAGCAUUUAAGAAUAUGAUAAUCUUAAAAAUCAAAUAAAAAAAGCUUAAAAUCUUAAAAAUUCAAUUAACCUUAACAGGUAGUAAAAUUAAAGCGAACUUGAAGCUAUCAGAAAGCUUCUUUAUAUUUGUGAAAAUUAAAAUUUACUUCCUUGUGUGGUUUUUGUAUUUUCAAAAAAUAAAAUUUUAGAACUUUCAGAAGGAUUGGGUAAUAUUACUUUUUGUACAAUAGAGGAAUAAGUAAAAAUAAAAUAAAAAAAUAUAAUGUUUAUUUAAUAAAAUAUAAAAAAGAGAUUCAUUGAGAAAACAUUCAAUUAAGCUGCUAUGAAAAUUAACUUUAGAGACAUAAGAGUUCCUCAAAUAUAAAAAACAAAAGACUUAUUGACACGUGGGAUUGCUGUACAUCAUGGUGAUGUGAUUCCUUUUAUAAAAGAAAUUGUAGAAAUUCUAUUUUCUAAAGGUUUAAUUAAAGUUUUGUUUGCAACUGAAACUUUUGCUAUGGGUAUUAAUAUGCCUACAAAAACAGUUAUAUUUCAUAGUACAAGUAAACAUGAUGGAUUUAAUUUAAGAAUGUUAAAUUCUUCCGAAUAUACAUAAAUGAGUGGAAGAGCAGGUAGAAGAAGUCUAGAUGAUAAAGGAACUGUGAUAAUAUUUAUUUAAGAUUUAAAUAAACUUCCAACAAGAAUUGAUUUGGAAAAAAUGCUAGAUCAUAAAUAUAUAGAUAAAGAUUAUAGUAAACCACUUUUAAAAGCUAGGGUGGCUAAAGAGAUAUAAAAUAUUUAUGUAACUGAAGUACUUGUUUCUGGAGCAUUUGACUAUCUUGAUGAAUAUGAGUUGACAGCACUUCUUAGUGUUUUUGUUUGUCAAGGAAAAGCUAAAGGAUAGAAAUAUGAUCCUGAAGAUGAUUAUGAAACUGGAUUAACCUAUUGUCCAGAGUUUAUAAGAGCUUAUAAAUAAGCAAUGGAAAUUACUUUAUCUACAGUAGAACAGGAAAUAUUUUUUGGAAUUAUCGUUACUAACAGUGCGGAAUAAUAUUUGAAAGAUAAUAUUUUUAAUUAAGAUCUUGUAAAAGUAGUUUAUUCGUGGAUGCAUGGAGCUGAUUUAUUACACGUUUGUUAAUUUACUACGUAUUAAGAAGGUAGUAUUGUAAGAUGUUUCCUUAGAUUAGAGAAUCUAUUAAAUAAUGUGAAAAGUGCAGCAAUUAUUUUAGGUGAUAAUCAUUUGGCUAUGAAGGUAGAUAGUUCAAGAGAACUUUUAGUUAAAGAUAUUGUAUUUUAAUAAAGUUUAUAUUACGCUAAUUUUUGA